UUCUUUUCUAAGCAAUCAUGUCGACAACUGCAAACACCACCGCGAAAUUCUCCCGCGUCAACGACGAAGAACUCCAAAAGGUCUUCAACCAGUUCGACGCCAACAAGGACGGCAAGAUCUCCGUUUCUGAACUCCGCGACGUCUUGAAAGCAAUGGGCUCCAGGUACUCAGAGGACGAGCUCAAACGUGUCUUGGAAGACAUCGACACCGACAAAGACGGCCUCAUCGAUCUCUCCGAGUUCUCCACUCUCUGCCGCUCGUCUUCCGAUGAAGUCACCGCCGCCUUGGAGAUGCGCGACGCCUUCGAUUUGUACGAUCAGGACAAGAACGGCCUGAUCUCGAAGAAGGAGUUGCAUCUUGUUCUGAAUCGGCUGGGGAUGAAUAGUUCGGUCGAUGAUUGUGCUCGGAUGAUCAAGUCGGUUGAUUCCGACGGCGAUGGGAAUGUCAAUUUCGAGGAGUUUCAGAAGAUGAUGAGUGCUUCGUUGAUGAAUAGCGACAUCGGAUCUAAGCCUUAGGAUUGAAAGAAAUUU